AUGGAAGAAUUGAGUGAUUCAUUGGCAUCCUCGUUUCAGAUUUCUAACAAUCCAAAUGAUGUAUCAAGCCCCCAUCCCAGGUAAAAAUAAUAUAUUUUAAAGUAUAAUUUCUAAAAUGUAUGGUACAACCUAAGGUGUGGCAGUUACAAUUGUAAACCAAAAAAAAAAUUAAAAACAGAUUUAACCAAUGUUUUUGUGCAAAAACCUAGGAGUUGGAAAUCCAAAAAAUAUACAAUUACUCAGUGUUGAAUCUUUUAUUAGACUACAGUAUGUUCAAUUUUGCAUUGCAGUUUCAUUUUUAUGAGAACUGCCUCAAUCUAGUACAAUCCUUAUUAAUUGGCACUUAAGAUUAUACAUUGGACUCCUUAGGUUGUCAGAAUACAAAAUCAAACCAAGUAAUGUUCCAGACCAGGAAACAAGAAGAAAGCGGAUACUAGAAGAGCAGAAAAGGUUUGUCAUCACAGAUUGAUGGUGCUUCUUCAAGCGACUGUUCAUAUAUGUACUGAAAUAUAGUCAGUACCUCUUCCCUCUCUAGUAUUCCAUCUCUCCCGAAGAAAUUUGGUGUCUGUUGACCUCUUAGGCAUAAAAAAAUACCUGUGGUUCCUGUUUCAUAUCAUGAAAAAAUUAGGGUCGGUAGGUCGGAAAUAAAUUUUUUUUUUAAUAAUAUUUUCAUGGUUUUGGCGUUUUUCAUGGUUUUGGCGUUUUUCAUGGUUUUGGCGUUUUUCAUGGUUUUGGCGCAUGGUAACAAUUUCCGCAAGUAAUACAAAUAUACUGAAAAUAUGCAAACUUUGCAAGGCUAUAUUUUCUGUAUUUUACAACAUUUCACAACCAAAGUUUGCAAUUUUACUGAUUUCAUUGUGUUCUUGUGUUCAUUUUAACUAUUGUGUUUGAUUCCCUUCUCUUUACUUAGAUUAACAUUUAGUCUAACAUGCAAUUAGUUGUCCAUUGCUUCAUGGACAAUUUUUGCCUCAAAUGUUUACCUGAGUUUUCUAUGUUGUUUAUAGCCGUCGACAUGAUCGUGUAAACUUUGCACGAAGAUUGGUGGAAGAAGAUGACAUGGAAAUUGUGGAAGACCAGCCCAAGGUUUGUCUCACAUUCCGAAAACUGUUAAGGUGGCUCCCUACAGUUAUUCUUGUUUAAGCAAUAAUUCCGUAAAACAGGCUUAUUCGUGCAGAGCGCGAAUUCUGUUCGACUUGGUGGCAAUAUUGGUCACCUAAGGAAUAUUUCAAACUAGAUUUCGACAAUGUCAAUGUUCCCAUGGCAACAUGACGACAGCAUAAAGCCUUCCAAUUUAACCCAUAAAUGUGCCGCUAUGUCAAAAACGAUGUUGGUGACCUAUCUUUUUUAUUUCAUAUAUCAAUAGGGAAUGACGCUCUGCAACUGUGGUGAAAGUUUAAAAAAAUUCUGUAGUGUGUGAUUUUUUUAAAAGCGAAAAUUUUAUUGCGAAAAUUUCCACACUACAGAUUUUUUUAAAAAUUGAAAUUUAUAAAAUUUACCGCAAAAUAAAUUCGUGGUCAAAAUUUGAAGAUAGGUCACCGAUGAAACUAAUGAGUACAAUGCAAAUAAAGUUAGAAAAUAGCCUCGUGUAACUCGAGAAAUUCCCCUAUUGAAAAGCGUCGCUGACUAGUAAAAGAUUGUACGCAGGCGCAGAACGAGUUUUCAUUCAGCAAAAUCGAGCCGCAAUGUUGUUUUUACUGUUUUGUUUUUGUCAACUUUUCGAUCUAUUUGAGUGCUAUGGACAGCCAAGGAUUAUUGUGAAGGAUUAAAUCGAUGAAAACAAGGUUGAAGCUAAUUGAAUCCUGUCGUUUACUCAAUCUAUGAGCUGUAACAGCCUAUUAACAGGUGGACGUGUUUUUUUGUUUCAUGCUUGGUUUUGUACUUUUUGCUAUUAAAAAUGAACAAUAUUAGGCUAUGAAACUGAAAUAUUUUCUGCUUACAUAUAAUCACUUUGAUCUUGUAGAAACACGACUAAAAACGUGAACGUUUUCCUGAGAAGUAAACUAACUUUUUUAACGUUUGUAUGCAAUUUUGCAAAUGUUUUACAGUUGAGUCAGUUGACAGUGUAUAAAAAUUUGUUUCGUAGCUAUUUUUGGUCUAGUGAUAUUCGCAUCAUAUGUAGAACUGCUGUAUAGACUCGCAAGUGAUUUGGCACUCAAAACGAAGUAUUAUUCAACGCUUUUUUCCAUUAGAAAUAGCUUUAUUUUGUAAAAAAAGCGUGGUCAAUUUUUGUUUUGUUUUGAUCAUGCAGUUGCGUGGGAUAGUUCGCGUACGCAACAUCCCGCACGCAACUGUAGGGAGCCUCCUUAAGUGGAGUUUUUUUGUAUGUUAGUCGUAAUACACGCUCAAAACUAAUGCGUAUAAAUAUACCGCCUGAGGUUAUGACUAAAUUCAAAAUUUUAGUUUUUCACUUAUGUUUCUCAAUCGGCAAACAAACUUAAAAAGUAUGUUUAGUGCUUUAUCUGUAAAAUAAUGCUAAAAUGAAGAGGUUUUAGAUGAUAUGCCAAAGAGAAAAUAAUGUCUGAAGUUCAGUAAGUUUUUCUUAAUAUAUAUGGCUGUAAAUAUGGCGUCAAUUUUAAAGCAUCAUUGAUAAUUGUAUUUUAUUUGACAAUUUUUAACUAUUAUUUUAUGUUUCUCAACCGGCAGAUGCAUUUGAAAUGGUUGCAUGCUAACUCUGUAAACUAGAGAAUUUAAUAAAAGCUAAAACAAAGUAAUUUUGAGAGGAAUGCCAAAGAGGUUUUAGGUUUUGAACACUUUUCAUUGCAAAUACAUGACAUUGAAAAAAAAUUGCCUCUUAACAUUUUUAAUUUGACGUUUCGACCAGCUUGCAGUCAUCAUCAGGCUUGGAGUUUUCAGGCUCGAUGUUUUUAUAGGGUCAGUGUUUUCCGGCUGCGGGGUUUCAGGCUGGAAGACAAGAUUUGAUACAUCUCUUGAUAAUUUAACAAUGUUUUGUUUUCCAUUCUUUUGUUUGUAGAAGAAAACUUCAAAUUGGAAAACGGCAAAGAAUCCAUUCAAAAACCAGCUAAUGAUGUCAGAAUGGCUAGUAGAUCUUCCUGCCAAUUUUGAGCAAGAGUGGGUUAUGGUUAUAUCACCGAUUGGGAAAAGAUGUUUAGUUGUGGCUUCCAGA